AUGGGCAUGUCUCGGGCAGAGGUCUUGGAGCACAUGGCCGAGCAGACACAAAAGGCGCUGCUGGAAAGAGCGAAGAUGGGCCCUAGGUAUCAUGCCGGCAUCCGCCAGGUGCUCCGCAGCAUCUUUGCCCUCUUCGACGUGUCUGGGGACGGGUACCUUUCGCCCGAGGAGUGGAUCUCGGCCCAGAAGACGGUAGCUUCCGAGGUAAGCGAUGAUUUGGAUGAAGGUUGGAUCGAUGAGGCUGCUUUUUCAGCCGCGGACACCAACGGCGACGGCGUCCUGGACAUCAAUGAAUUCCUAGAGGCCAGCUUUGCAAUGUUCGAAGGCGUGAAAAAGCGCACGGACACCAUCCUGCAGACCCUGCAGCGUAUUGAGAAGGUCCUUCAUCAGCAGCGGAUGGCAGGGCGCAAGGAGACUGCACCCGUGACCAUCUACGUGCAAACUGCUGAACGGCCUCCCUUCCAGCCGCCCUCUUUAUCCUGGCAGGACGAGCCCGAAGAGCCCGAGGAGCCGAACGAGGCCUGGAAGGACUGUGGCGAGGUGGCGCUGCCUUUGAAUCUGGCUACCGCCGAGGAUGUGAUGGCACUGCUUCGCCUUCAUCUGAGGCUGUCCUUCGACACCUGGAUCUCCGUGUACUUCCUGGGUCCCCCCCGUGAGCAAGGCUCAGGGCCUCGCACCGUAACCUUGCUGCGUGGAGAGCGGCCGGGGGAGGGUAACACCACCGCCAUGCUUUCGUACCUGUCAAAGCCGAACGCAGAGCUCAAGCUUUAUGUCAAGAACCUCCGCAAGCGGCCGAGCAAGCUCGUCCGCCAGCCGCGAGCAUUCUUGGAGGAGCGCGACGGCCUGUUUGCACAGCGCACAGGACCCUGCUGGGGCCUGGACUGGGAGACGCAGCUUGUGGGCGAGGGCGAGAAACUGCCACCGCGUCCCAUGGUCAUGCAGGUUGGCGAGACACUGAUUGUGGAGGUGCCUCAGACAGACGAGAACGGCGAGUACAGGUACAUGGCGAAUGCCUACAUGGACAAGACAGAUGUGCUGAGCAAGCCUGUAAACGAGAUCAUCGAGGUGAAAAAGGGCAAGAGCAAGAAGAAGGGAGGCCCGGAGCCGGACCCGCUGCUGCAGCUCACUUUCGUAGCGCUGCGGGAGGGCAAGUGCGUGCUCUUCGUCGACGUCAGCUGGGAAGACCAGGAAGAGAAGCUCUGUCUUUCGCACAGUCUUCCAGCACCCGUGGCCAAGAACACCGUCGCGCGCAUCGGGCCCGUAGAGGUGGAGGUGCAGAAGCCCAGUGGUAAGUCAGAGAAGGGCGCGCUCCAGUGGCAUCGACCCUAG